UCAUCCCUUACUCCUGGCUUUAAGUUUAGAGGCAGCCAGUCAGAUUUUUUUGGCUUUGACACAGCGCUCAUGACAGGAAUAGGAACCGGGGACGCAGGACCAACUGGAGAUCUGCAGGUCCUAGUGGAUGAUCCUGAGCCAGAUUCUCUCCCUGCACAGCUGUGACCGGCCUCCUGUGUUUUGUCACACCACUCAUCUAAUAGUCCUCCAAGGCUGACCUGAUUAUCAAAAGGUCUUCCUCUCCUCUUUUUCUUGCAUCAUGCAUCUACUCACCAUGCUCCUCGUCUUCCUGCUCCUCCAUUCAGCUGAGCCCAGGAGAGGCCCUCGUUCAGGGGCUGCGGAGAGGGGCAAGGCAGGACAUGUACGUGGUAGAGGCAGGGCUGGGCUCAACAGGCGUCAAACUCAGGAGUGUAAGGAAUACAUGGAAGCAGGAGAGAAGUACCUUGACUGUCAGGACAGGCAGCUGACCACUGUGAUGCAGGACUGGCCCAAAGAUAUUCACCACCUGCUGCUGGCCAGAAAUAAGAUUCAGGUUUUGAGGGAGAACAUGUUCUCCCAGUUCACUCAGCUAAAGAGCCUGGACCUCCAGCAGAAUGACAUCUCCAUGGUGGAGGGUGGCGCGUUCAAUGGCCUCUCACAGCUCACCACCCUGCUCCUUCAGCACAAUGGACUGAAAACAGCCUCCGAGGAGGCCCUGCUCCCUCUGCCCCGCCUCACCUACCUCCGUCUCUAUGACAACCCCUGGAGCUGCCACUGCUCAUUGGACAGCCUGAUCAGGAUGCUACAGGUGCCUAGCAAACGUAACCUGGGCAACUACGCUAAGUGUGUGGAGCCCCUGUUGCUGAAGGGCCAGAAGCUGAAGAAGCUGAACGUGGACUUGCUGUGUGACAAUGAAGUGGAUAGGAGGCCAGACGACAGAGAGCCGGGGCGACCGAAGCCUCCACCAACCAAGGUGAAGCCAGAGGCUACGUCCAUGUGUCACACCUACAUGUUCCCUAAGCCCCUGCUGGACUGCAGCAAUAAAAGUUUGGAUCACAUCCCUUCCAACCUGCCAUCUGACAUAGUGAGGAUGGAUCUGUCCAGUAACAGCAUCAAACAUCUCAGGCCCAAACAGUUCCUGCUGUCCAAAGACCUUAAGCUACUCAACCUUAGCAGCAACAGCCUGCACCAAUUAGACACAGCUGCAUUUGCAGGCCUGCUGUAUCUCCGUGAGCUCGACCUGUCCAACAACAGCCUCCAUUACUUCCAGUAUGGUGUACUGGAGGACCUCUACUACCUUCGAAAGCUCUCGCUAGGCAACAACCCCUGGAUCUGCGACUACAACAUCCAUUACCUGAUCUACUGGCUCAAGCACCAUCCUGGGGUUUUCUACACUGGACUGAUCUGCUCUGAGCCGCAGGAGUUCAGGGGCUGGCGCGUCGAGGAUUAUGUCAAGACAUACAAUGGGGAAUGUCCCAAGGAUCAACAAACAGGAGGGAUGGACACAGGACAGGGAGGACAAGGAGGGUCAGACAAUGACACACAGGAGGUGAUGGGGGAAACAACUGAGGGGCAGGAUGACCGUCUGCCUCGACCCCUGCAAGAGAGGCAGCCUAAGACAUUUGAGAUCAUCAGGCUGACUUAAAGUGGAUGUGGAUCCACAUGGGUUAAUAAAAAUAAACUCAGUGAUUUGAUAUUUAAGUUCAAAUGAGAUGAGCAUAAUGAUCAUUUUGGGAUAAAAUUUAUUAGCUUAAGUUUUUUUUUUGAGUAAUCAUGACUUUUCAUCUGGUGUGAAUAAAAACAAAACUCAUCUUGGAGCAUUAACAUUGUUUACUGGUAGCAAUGUAAUAUUGCUAAGUUUACCUUUCACAGUCAUUCUUGGUCUUUUUUAUUAAUGUAUAAUAUUGUCUACCUUUUUUUGGAAAUAAAAUAGGGUUUAUUUUUUCUGGAAAUUUGUUUUACUAAGUGACAGACAUGGAAAGCAAUAACUUAAAACACCAAGCAGGCUAUGAAAGUAGACAGAUGUAUUGCAUCAUGAAGUGACUCACUGGUUUAAUGAAGGGUCGAAAGUUCCAGCUAUACUAUAUAUCUGCCAAGUGCAUCAUGACUGAUAGUUAUGAAUAAAACAUGCCAAAUCAUAAAAAAUGACCUGAAAUUAGGUCUCAUCACAACUGUAAUAAUGAUGGAAUCUGAGUCUGUUCUUGCCAAGGCUCUUUUGUUUCAUUUGGCAUCUGAAUGGUUGGUUACAGGAGAUUUAGAUGCACCCAGGCAUAGCCUCAUUUUGACUGAAGGCUACACCUGGAUUGUUCCACUCAUUAUUGUAUGAAUAAAAACUGAGGCAGAUUAGUUGCAUCAGUGACAGAAAGUAACAAGACCAGCUACAUGGCUUCCAGAUUGGUGUGUUAAUAAGGCCUGCUAACUUGGCAUUAGUCCCCCAAAAAGGUCUGAGCCUGAUAAGCUCAGUCACUUCAGUGUGGCUGUUUAUUUACAGUAAGUGAUCUUGGCAUAGCUCAGCCUUAAGGGUGAUUUGACAUCUUUGUGUUUACUGGGUUGCAUGUAAAAUAAUUCAUUAGUGUAGUCACAGAUGUUUUAAAUUAAAUUGAUCUUUAUUCUCUAAGGCAACAAACAUCCAUCUUGCAGUGGAUUAUGUGUAAAAGCACAGUGCCAUCUAGUGGCUCUCUGGAUGAUCAUUGAUUAGCAACAGUCCAAUCUCAAGUCACUCUCAUACCAAUGGGUAACAAUUAAAAACAAAAGCUGCAUAAUGAAUAGAUUUAUUAGUCUGGAUAUGAUGUGAGUUAUAUACUUUGGCCUUAAUAGUCACAUGAUCUCAAUUUAGUUGGCAGCAAUGGGGGAUUUUUGCACUGCCUGCGCUCUCAACUACCACCAUCAAUACAACAAAUGAGUAAAAAUCUUUGUGAAACAAAUCCUUCCAGUUGAGCUCAAGAGACUUAUAGAAACGUGUAGCACAAAUGCACUGAAGACCUAGUGUUUUCUUAAAUUUUUAGCAAAAACCUCUGCUGAAUCUUUGUUUCACACUGAAGCUUCAUCCUUUCUCAUGUAAACUGAG